AUAUGCUGCCCGGGGAUGGAGGCGAGAAAACAAAAUGUGGGGAAAACCCAAGUUGAUAAUGACCAAGCAGCAGAGCCACAUGGGAGCAGCUCCAGUCAUGUUCUGUCCACCUUUGUCCGCCUCUACGUGUAUGCGCUGCACGGCUGUCUCUGUGAGGUCGCCUUCACUGCUGUCUAUGAUUGGUGCAGCACCGGGGACACUCGGCUGCUGGGACACAGCAGUCUGUGGGCGCUGCCCAUGUACGCCACUGCUAUCUAUCUCAUGGAGACGCUCAGAGCCUGGCUGCUGACUCUACAUCACCCACUUCUUUUGCGACUGAUGGUCUACAUCAUCUUCAUCUACCUGUGGGAGUUCAGUUGGGGGGCAGGCCUGAGGCUGCUGGGAGCCUGUCCCUGGGAUUACUCUGCCUAUAGGUACAAUGUGGGGGGACUGGUGACUCUGGAGUAUGCCCUGCCGUGGGCGGUGGCGUCCCUUAUAGCAGAGAAGCAUGUGAUCAGGAACACUCUACGGCUAAGACUGAACUGAUACGGUUCCAUUCUGUUUCCACUAACAGAACACGUUUUUUGGAGCAAUAUACUACAGUUGUUGAAGAUCUUAAAAAUCCAGUGAGAAUGCCCACACCUCUGUUAGCUGUGCAACAUGAAAAAAUACUGAAUAUAAGAGAAGGUAAAAAUUAUUGUAAGUUGUGAAUUGUUUUUAAAGAGCUGAAUUUAUCAUAAUUGUCAAGGGUUUGUAUUGUUUUUAAUUUAGAUUUUAGAGAUAAACAUGGUUGGAAUUCCAUUAAAAACAUGGCAUGCAAAUUCUAAGACUGUGCAUGUAGAAGCUAACCUGAUAUAAGCAAAUGUAAGCCUGAAAAUUCCUGUUUUAAUCUGCUGUGACAUACGUAAAGGAAGUCCACAUCUGGAUUGCUCCUUAAUCCAUUACAAAUGUGUCAUUAGCUGGUCUGUAUCAAUGUGAAAUGAAUGAAAAAUGGAGAUAUGUUGCCUCUUCAAAGGGUGAGGGGGCUCGGUAA